AUGCGUCCUCUCCGCCCACUUCUGCCCUCGGCCAAACGACCCUUGAACGAGCCGCUCCCGCCCAUCCCCCGCGACCGUGUCGCCUCGGCCUGCGACCAGUGUCGAGCCCGCAAGAUAAAAUGCAACGGCGACCGCCCACGCUGUCUCGAAUGCGUCAAGCGCGGCACCUCAUGCCACUAUGCCACGCGCUCAGCCGAGACGCAGGGCCAAGCGCUCAAGCGCAAGCACGACGCUCUCCAGGCCGAAAACGAGGCCUACGCCGAGCUCUUCCAACUCAUCAAGACAAGGCCCGACUACGAAUCCCACGAGAUUCUGCGCCGCAUCCGCACCGGUUCCACGGUCAAGGACGUUCUGAGGCGCAUCAAAGAGGCCGAUUUGCUCAUGCAGCUGAAU